AUGGCGAGGUGGCUGUUUUUCUUCGCGGAGUACAACUUCUCCGUCGAGUACAAACCAGGAAGACUUAAUGUCGUCGCUGAUACUCUUUCGCGUCGGCCCGAUUUCGAGCCGACUGCUCAACCCAACAGUAGGAUUGAUCCCACUGUAGCGACACUAGCAGUUAGUGUUCCGUCGUCGAAUCUUCUCGACGACGUGCGACUGCUGUACUAUACAGCAGUCAAUGGUGACACGCCUCGUGCCGUCGCUCAUGAUGAUUUGCGAUUGUGA